AUGGACUACAACCUGAGCCAUGAAGAAGGGAAUGGUACCAUCUUUGCCUGUCAGCAUUUUGACUUUUCAAUCAUUACUGGUUAUUUGUUCAUCAUUAUCACCAUCAUCAGCAUCAUAGGAAACAUUAUCCUCAUGUGGGUUCUUCUCACUUUUAAAAAACUCAACCUUGUGACAAAAAUCUUCAUGAUGAACCUGGCCUGCUCUGAUUUGAUAUUCGCUCUCACGCUCCCAUUCUGGGCAACUUAUCAUCUUAAACACUGGAUCUUUGGGGACUUUUUGUGCAAGUUCAUCAUUGCGAUGUACUUCACUGGUAUGUACAGCAGCAUCAUUUGUCUAACUGCCAUGAGCGUUGAUCGUUUCUUUAUUGUGGUGCUGAAGAACUGGCCGAACAACGACCGAAGGAAGAAAACAUGUACUAUCUGUGUCUGUGUGGCUACCUGGGUGAUCAGUAUCGGUACAUCGGUGUACGAUGCUUCCAAAGUGAAGUUUUAUGAUGACUACUACCACUGUGAGAGUUCCCAUUCAGAGGGCCCUGGAUAUGAUAUCCAAGUUGUGCUGCUUUUUUUUAUCCCAUUUGCCAUCCUCAUUUUCUGCCAUUGUGCCAUUAUAGGAACCAUUUUACAGGCAACAAACAGAUCAAGGCACAGAGCCCUGACUAUAGUUUUUUUUAUCGUUGUAGCCUACAUUAUCUGCUGGGGACCCUACAAUGUUUAUCUUCUAAUUGAAUCUUGGUACCAACCAAAGACUUGUGACGCUUUUCAGCAGUUGGAUAUUGGUUACAAUAUUUGUCGAUUGCUUGCCUUCUCCCACUGCUGUAUGAACCCUUUGCUUUGUUUGCUCAUACAAAAGUUACGAAAUCAUCUCUUUUGUCUCUUGCGCUGCCGAGCUGUAGAUGAGAAUAACAGGGACAGAGCCCACUACCUGAAGAUGUCUGAACCUGUCAAUGCCACAUCAGUGCAGCUCGUAACUCUAGGGUAAUGCUGGAGCUGUGCAGAUAAUAGAUAGCAACUCAUGUGCAACAACACACACACAUUAGGAUUUGUCUAUUUUGUAUAUUCACAGAAUGGCUUCAGUUCAACAUGUUAUUUCUGUAUGAUAUUGCUAAAAUAUAAGAAAAGUAUUAAAAUUUAGAAACUAGCUACAAUAGUUUGACUAUUAUUCUAUAUUGAUUAGAUUGACUCACCACUUUCAGAUGUAUUUUACCAACAAUGUUUUUGCAUGAAGGUGCUGGACGAAUGUCUCAGUUUUGCAAAAUAUCAUUUUAAGUUUGAAGAGGAUCAUAGCUUUCUUGUAUUUUUUUUUUACUGCAUUCUUUCUAUUUUCCGUGUUUUUCUUUGCUUUUUCAUCAAUGAUGAUGAAUGCACUUAAUGUAAAUGCAAAUGAUAAACCACAGAAUGCAAAUGAUAAACCACGGCAUGCAACCUGUUUAGAAAAAGGAAGUGUUUAUUUAGCAAUAUCAAGAA